CAGACAUUCCAAUACAAUAUAUUUGAGAAGCAAAGAAAUAUUACCCAGGGAACCCAUGUUCUAACGAAUUGGCAACCAUUCAAAAACACUGAAGGCAGUUUGCGUGUUACUCAUUAGCAAGUCAGUCAUAGAUUUAGUCUACAAUUGAGUCUACGACGGUUAUUUUCACCACACGGAAAAACGAUGGCUAUGCAAAUCAUGACUAUUGCGAUACUUUUGGCCGUUUUUCUUAGUCUGCAAUUAGCACACAUCGAUUCACUGGAUACUGAGGUUUGUAUUCAAGGCACAUACCACAAGAAAACACCGUCCAAAGAGACUGCAGAUUUCAAAGCGUGUCACGCAUGGAAAGACAAGUCAUGCUGCACAGCUAAUCUCACUGUUGAAAUCUCGCGACAUCGGGUGAAAAAUCUGUGGAACUUCCAUUGGGACCAUUGCUCAAAUCUUAGUCAGACAUGCGAUAAAUACCUCGUCGAUGAAGAGUGUUUCUGGCAGUGUGAUCCAAAUCUAAUCAAAUGGCACGCUGGUAAGGGUACGAUUAAAAGGGUUCCUAUUUGCAGUAGAUACUGUGACGACUGGUUUGAUGCUUGCAAGAAUGACCUUACUUGUGUCAGCGACUGGGUUAGCGACUUCAACUUUACUGCUAAUUCUUAUAUCUGUCCAAGAGACUCCAAGUGCCUCACCUACGCAGAGCGCUACAAGAACGGUGAAGGGUUAUGCAACAAGAUGUGGGGGUCGUCAUUCAAGUACGAGAAGACCAGCAACUGCAUGCUGAUGGACUUCAAAGGUGCAAAUCCUAACGACAAGGUUGUCAAAGUGGUCAACUCUGGCUGCACUGUGACCAGCCUUGCCAUAUAUGUCCUUGUAGGCCAGUUCUUCAUCUUUUUUCUUKUUUGAUAAACGCCAUUUAAGAUUGGAAAUGAUUUCUUAAUUUGUUGAAGUCUUUUUGGAAUUGCAUGUUUUUGCUCAAUUCUUUUAUAUUUAGCCUGCAUUUAUUUAGGAAACAAGUAAAGAAGAAAUCGCGAAAAACAAAAAAAAAUCACGCGAAAAGUGUAUUUUCUUAAACUAGUAGCCCGCUAUAGCUAUAGCAAAAAUAUGCUUAACAAUGUUACUUUGUUUAUUUGAAUAUCCUAACAGAUUAUCGAUUCAUCUGGUAUCGAUCGCUUUCCUCUUUUAAAAAUCAUAAUUGUCUUGAACUAUUUUCAAGUAAAUUUUGUCAGUUCCUAAUGAAUUGCUUUCAAAUUUUAAUUCUAUA